AUGUUAAAGAAAUGGAACAGCUGGCUCAUGCAAGUGAAACAUCUGGAAGAUGUAAAAAUUGAAAGAUGUUACAAGCCAGGGAAUAUUGGACAUUCUGUGUUAUACCAGUUACAUUGUUUUGCGGACGCAAGCACACUUGGCAUGGGAGUUGUCAUAUAUUUGCGCAUGUCUGAUGAUCAUGGAAAUGUACAUUGUUCCUGCGUCAUGGGCAAAUCAAGAGUGGCACCAUUGAAAACAAUGACAAUACCUAGGAUGGAACUCACCGCUGCAACAUUAGCCGUCAAGUUAAGUAAACUGGUGGACGAGCAAUUAGACUUUCCUAAGAGAAAAUACAUUUCUGGACAGACAGUACAACAGUACUUCGCUACAUCGCUAACACCAAGACUAGAUUCCAAACCUUUGUCACCAAUCGACUUGCCAUCAUCAACGCCCAUACAACUUUUGAUCAAUGGCAUUAUGUGA